AUGCGUCCAUUUUCCUUUCGUCGCCGCGUUCGACAUGCGUUGGCUCGCUUUCGUCCCAAACUACCAAAGGUUCGACUACCAAAGAAUCGAAAGAAUAAGACCAGCGGCCACAGCGCCAUAAGCGGCAUCCAAAAAAUCCCCCAUGAGAUAUUUCAACUCAUCAUCGCAUUCCUCCCAAUACCAGCUCAAAUCUGCUUUGCACUGACUUGCAAGUCUCUGCUCGCCGCGUUCCAGUGCUUCCUCGAUGGAGAGAAUCUAUCACUUCCUCAGCUCCUGCCGCGAGGAGAUCGGCUAGCCUUGGUACCAAAUGUUGAUGAAUGCCCUCGGGUUCAGCUACUCCACCAACUCGAAAAUGAUCGCUGGAAGUACUGCGCCGACUGUUGGGACCUCCACCCACUUGCUGCAUUCUGUGUCCCACGAGGCCGAGCCUCACUCGCUAUAUCGAGCAGCCUCCUCUCCGCCGAUACCCUCCGUCCGAUAUGCAUGCCGUAUGCUGGCGAGGUUUCUAUCUGCCCUUGUCGAAGGAUCACAUUUCGGGACAAGCAGUAUCUGAUGGAACAACCGAAUUUUAACGAGAUGUCCGACUCUCAGCUAUCGCGCAUCCUAUACUACCGACAAUUCUUGUACCCUCUUACACAUAAGUGCGCAGUGACUGGUCAUCCGAAAUAUGUGAUUGAGGUCGAAACUGCGCUUCGGGAGUCUACACAUACUCACACAUUAUGCGUGCUGAGUCGGCAUAGGGUCUACCUUCGGUCCGAAACCACACAGCGGCCAAUAUUUUCUUCGACUUGGGAUGAUACAUCCAACACCCCGUCGGGAGGCGUGCCGCGCCUUCCAGGUAAGACUGCCCGAGAGUUCCUGAAAAGCCUCUACGAAGAGUCUGGUUCGGGCUUUGUUGGAUGGAACAAUAGCCGUAAGUGUCGGCUAGAGUUCAACAAACAUGGUCGCGGGGUUUCGGUCUACGUGGUUCGGAGCCUAGGGAAAGAGGACUGGCCGGAUCGCGAUUGGGCUCGCCAAUGUCGCUAA